AUGGUUUUAUAUUCGACCACCCCUGGCCCCCUAUUCUCACUCCUUUACAGGAGAACGUUAACCAUGCAAUCCUUUAGUAUCUCAGAGAUUAAGUACUUGGAUGCUUCAGAACUACACCAAUGGCUUAAAAACGGCUACACAACCACUCUCCAUGAACCAUUCCAAGUCAUUGACGUGCGUGGAUCAGACUACAUCGGUGGCCACAUUGCUGGUGCAUGGAAUUACCCUUACAAACGGCUGAAAAACGACGUUAAAUACAUUGGGGAGCUUAGAAACAGACUGCUAGAAGAACAUAUGCAGAGCUCCGACGAAACCAAUCAAAGCGUCGUGAACUGUGUCUUCCACUGCGCCCAGUCACAGCAGCGGGGGCCCUCUUCUGCAAUGAGGUUUUUAAGGUCCCUUACUGAACACCAGCUCUGUCAUUUCAGAAUCUGGAUUUUAAGAGGUGGCUUUAACCACUGGCAGAGUAUAUACGGACAAGAUAGUUCUCUUACAGUAGAUUAUGUACCCGAUAUUUGGCAAUGGCAAUAG